GUUCACUGGAAUGAAUUUGCCCGCCCCGGUUAUCAGCAGUAAAAAUUGGCUGCGGCUUCACUUCACGUCGGACGGCAACCACAGGCAGAAGGGAUUCAGUGCUCAGUAUCAAGUCAAGAAGCAAAUGGAGCUGAAAUCCAGAGGGGUGAAGCUGAUGCCCAGCAAGGACAACAACCAGAAGACUUCAGUGUUAACUCAGGUUGGUGUGUCCCAGGGACAUAAUAUGUGUCCAGACCCUGGGAUUCCAGAGAGGGGCAAAAGGAUAGGCAACGAUUUUCGGUUAGGCUCCAGCAUCCAGUUCACCUGCAACGAGGGCUACGAUUUGCAGGGCUCCAAAAGCAUCACCUGCAAGAGAGUGAGCGACAUCAUCGUGGCGUGGAGCGACCACCGGCCGGUGUGCAGAGCUCGGAUGUGUGACAUGUACCUCCGUGGGCCCAGCGGGGUGAUAACGUCUCCCAACUACCCCGUGCAGUACGACAACAACGCCUACUGCGUGUGGGUCAUCACCGCGCUCAACCCAGCCAAGGUUAUCAAACUCACCUUUGAAGAAUUUGAACUAGAGAGAGGAUAUGACACUCUGACAGUGGGCGACGGAGGACAAGUCGGAGACCAGAAAACUGUGCUUUACGUCUUGACGGGCACCACGGUCCCGGAUCUGAUCGUCAGCACCCAGCACCAGAUGUGGCUCCUCUUCCAGACAGACAGCGUCAGCAACUUGCUGGGAUUCAAAGCGACGUACGAAGAGAUUGACCAGGGGAGCUGCGGCGAUCCCGGGAUCCCGGCCUACGGCAGGAGGGAAGGAUCCACGUUUCGGCACGGGGACAGUCUGAAGUUCGAGUGCCAGCCUGCCUUUGAGCUGAAGGGACAGAAAACCAUUACCUGCCAAAAGAGCAGCCAGUGGUCUGCUCAGAAACCAGUGUGUGUGUUUUCCUGCUUUUUCAACUUCACCACCCCGUCUGGGAUCGUGCUGUCGCCAAAUUACCCUGAGGAAUACGGGAGCAGCUUGCACUGCGUUUGGUUGAUCAUAGCGAAGCCCGAGAGCCGGAUUCACUUGGCUUUCAAUGAUUUCGACGUGGAGCCCCAGUUUGAUUUCCUGGCCGUGAAGGAUGGGGGCACUGCCGAGUCCCCGGUGCUGGGGACCUUCUCAGGAAACCAGAUCCCCUCCUCGCUGACCAGCAGCGGCCACGUAGCCAGGCUGGAGUUCCAGACCGACCACUCCAUGGAGAAGAGAGGCUUCAACAUCACCUUCACCACGUUCAGGCACAACGAAUGCCCCGACCCUGGCGUGCCCGUCAACGGGAAGCGAUUCGGUGACAGCCUCCAGCUCGGCAGCUCCGUGUCCUUCCUCUGCGACGAGGGCUUCAUUAGGACCCACGGCUCGGAAACCAUCACCUGCAUCUUGAAGGAGGGAAACGUGGUCUGGAACAACGCUGUGCUCAGAUGUGAAGCGCCCUGCGGGGGCCACCUGACGUCUCCCAGCGGAACCAUCCUGUCCCCGGGCUGGCCCGGCUUCUACAAGGACUCACUGAGCUGCGCCUGGGUGAUCGAGGCCCAGCCCGGGUACCCCAUCAAGAUCACCUUCGACAGGUUCAAGACAGAGGUGAAUUACGACACCCUGGAAGUGCGCGACGGCCGCUCCUAUUCGUCCCCGUUGAUAGGUGUCUAUGAUGGGACUCAGGUGCCCCAGUUCCUCAUCAGCACCAGCAACUACCUCUACCUCCUCUUCACCACUGACAAAAGCCACUCCGACGUAGGCUUUCAGAUCCGAUACGAAACUGUGAAGCUCCAGUCCGACCACUGCUUGGAUCCGGGGAUCCCGGUGAAUGGCCAGCGCCACGGGAACGAUUUCUACGUGGGGGCACUGGUGACGUUCAGCUGCGACUCUGGCUACACCCUGAGCGACAGCGAAGCCCUGGAGUGCGAGCCCAACUUCCAGUGGAGCCGGCCGCUGCCCAGCUGCGAGGCUCUAUGUGGAGGUUACAUUCGUGGUUCCAGUGGCACCAUCUUAUCCCCAGGCUUCCCUGAUUUUUAUCCCAAUAACUUGAACUGCACGUGGACGAUAGAAACGUCACAUGGAAAAGGCGUCUUCUUCACCUUCCACACCUUUCACUUGGAGAACGGCCACGACUACCUCCUCAUCACCGAGAACACCAGCUUUGCCCAGCCGCUGAAGCAGCUGACGGGCUCCCGGCUCCCUGCCCCGCUCAGCGCCGGCCUCUUCGGGAACUUCUCUGCUCAGAUCCGCUUCAUCUCUGACUUCUCCAUGUCCUAUGAGGGUUUCAACAUCACCUUCUCAGAGUACGAUUUGGAGCCCUGUGACGAGCCGGAGGUGCCAGCCUACAGCAUCCGCAAGGGGCUGCAGUUCGGCGUGGGGGACGUCCUCACCUUCUCCUGCUUCCCCGGGUACCGGCUGGAGGGCGCAUCCCGCAUCACCUGCCUGGGGGGGAGACGGCGUGUGUGGAGUUCGCCUCUGCCAAGGUGUGUUGCUGAAUGUGGCUCGUCUGUGACGGGAACCCAAGGUGUCCUGCUGUCCCCCAACUACCCGUUAAACUACAACAACAACCACGAGUGCAUCUACUCCAUCCAGACCCAGCCGGGAAAGGGGAUCCAGCUGAAAGCCAGGACUUUUGAACUGGAGGCAGGAGAUGUCCUCAAGGUCUAUGAUGGCACCAACAGCUCUGCUCGACUGCUGGGCUCCUUCAGCCGCUCCGAGAUGCUCGGCACCAGCAUCAACAGCACUUCCAGCAGCAUGUGGCUGGAGUUCAUCACCAACAGCGACAACACCAGCAAAGGCUUCGAGCUGCAGUUUUCCAGUUUUGAACUCAUCAAGUGCGAGGACCCUGGCAUCCCACAGUUCGGUUACAAGGUCCACGACGAGGGACACUUUGCUGGCAGCUCCGUGUCCUUCAGCUGCGACCCUGGCUACACCCUGAGAGGCAGCAGGGUCCUGGUCUGCCUGACCGGGGAGCGCAGAGCCUGGGACCAGCCCCUGCCGACCUGUGUAGCUGAGUGUGGGGGUACCAUCAAAGGGGAGUCCUCAGGACGGAUACUGUCUCCUGGCUACCCAACGCCCUACGACCAUAAUCUGAAUUGUAUUUGGACCAUCGAGGCAGAGGCUGGUUGCACGAUAGGGCUCCACUUCAUGGUUUUCCACACCGAGGAGUUCCACGACGUUCUGCGGAUCUGGGACGGGCCGGUGGAGAACGGCAUCCUCCUGAAGGAGAUGAGCGGCUCCGUCGUACCCGGCGACGUGCACAGCACCUUCAACUCCGUCAUCCUCCAGUUCAACACCGACUUCUUCACAAGCAAGCAGGGCUUUGCCGUUCAGUUUUCAGUGUCCACUGCCACUUCCUGCAACGACCCAGGAAUUCCCCAGAACGGGAGCCGCAGCGGUGACAGCAAAGAAGCGGGCGACUCCAUCGUCUUCCAGUGCAACCCAGGGUACACGCUGCAAGGGGAGGCCAAAAUCACUUGUGUGCAGAUUGAGAACAGAUUCUUCUGGCAGCCAGACCCUCCCUCCUGCACAGCUCCCUGUGGAGGAAUCCUGACGGGCCCAGCAGGAGUGAUCCUGUCCCCGCAGUACCCGGAGCCGUACCCGCCGGGGAAGGAGUGCGACUGGAAGCUGACCGUCUCUCCUGACUAUGUCAUUGCCCUGGUGUUCAACAUCUUCAGCCUGGAGCCCGGCUAUGAUUUCCUUCACAUCUACGAUGGACCCGACUCGCUCAGCCCCCUCAUCGGGAGCUUUUACGGCUCCCAGCUACCCGAGAGGAUAGAGAGCAGCAGCAACAACCUCUUCCUGGCUUUCCGAAGCGACGCAUCCGUCAGCAACACCGGGUUUGUCAUCGACUACACAGAAAAUCCGCGGGAGUCGUGCUUCGACCCGGGAUCCAUCAAGAACGGCACGCGAGUGGGCACGGACCUGAAGCUGGGCUCUACCAUCACCUACUACUGCGACGGGGGGUACGACAUCGAAGGGGUCUCCACGCUGACGUGCGUGAUGGGAGGGGAUGGAAAACCCACCUGGAACAAACCGCGACCGACCUGCACAGCGCCCUGCGGUGGUCAGUACACGGGCUCGGACGGCGUCGUCCUCUCCCCAAAUUACCCCCAGAACUACACCAGCGGCCAGGUCUGCCUGUACUUCAUCGUCGUGCCGAAGGACUAUGUGGUUUUUGGGCAGUUCGCCUUCUUCCAGACCGCGCUCAACGACAUCAUUGAAGUCCACGAUGGCCCCAACGAGCACUCCCGGCUCCUCAGCUCCCUCUCGGGCUCGCACACAGGUGAAUCGUUACCUUUAGCCACCACCAACCAGAUUCUCAUCAAAUUCAGUUCCAAGGGUCAAUCUACAGCCAAAGGUUUUCAUUUUGUCUACCAAG